AUGAAGUUACCUUUUAGAUAUACAAGAGCUCAGUUAGAGAUAUUUAGGUUUUCAUUUUGUUUGUUAGUUCCUAUUGGUGUGAUGUAUUAUGUUGGUAUUGACACUGAUAGAAAGUUCAAUGUUCCAGGGUUUUGGCCUGAUCCUGAAACUACGAAUAAGAUCCCAAAGGAACCAUAUGAAGUCAAAGCUGAAUUAGCUAGGAUGAGGAAGGAGAGGUUAGAGAGGAGAUUGAAGAUCGAGAGGACGUUGAGGGAAAAGUACGGUAUUGAUGUCGAGGAAGAAAAGAGAAAAAUCAGAUUGGAAUUAGGUUUAGAUAAGGAAGCUUAA